AUAUAUGGGCGCUUUGGGAGAUUCGGUUGGGGCAUAAAUCGAGCGGAAAAGUUGUUCGUUUCAUUUUGAUUGACGUGUUUUCGAAAAUAUUCGUGAUUCUCUUGUGUGAAUUUGAGCUAUAUUAGCAUGGUGUCGACAACGGAACCAUUCAACGUUCCUUGAACGAAAACAUGCAAAAUCUUUCGUUGUUCACCGAAAACCAUGAUUGGGGUCCUAAACGAGAUCCCUUAUUUACCGUGAUCCCCAUCACCAUCAUUUACGUUAUAAUUUUCUUAGUCGGUAUACUAGGAAACAUCAGUACCUGCAUCGUUAUUUAUGGAAAUAAAUGUAUGCAUACUGCGACCAAUUAUUAUCUGUUCAGUUUAGCUAUCAGCGAUUUGGUAUUACUAAUAUCUGGUCUGCCUCAGGAGAUAUACUUCAUUUGGUCGAAAUAUCCUUAUAUAUUUGGCGAAUAUUUUUGUAUGCUGCAGGGAUUUAUAUCGGAAACUUCAGCUAACGCAACUGUCUUGACUAUAACAGCUUUUACUGUCGAACGUUACGUAGCUAUAUGUCAUCCGUUUCUUUCACACACCCAUUCGAAAUUAACACGAGCAAUUAAAUACAUUUUCUUAACAUGGUUCAUUGCGAUGUUUUUGGCUGUACCACAAGUACUAGCCAUGGGAAUAGUUUGUGAAAAAAUAGAAGGUUUUCCGCCCGAAGAAUUCUGCGUGUGUACUGUAAAAACACAAAUCAUUCCGCACGCGUUCGAAAUUUCCUUCUUCGUCUUUUUCGUCGGUCCCAUGUCACUAUUGACAGUCUUGUACAUUUUGAUUGCGAUGCAGCUCCGCAUGUCCAACGUAAACGCUUCUAGAGGUGAUAGCGUUAAAAUGAAUCACUGUUAUCGUUAUCGUUCGCCUGUCGUAGGCUACGUAACUCAAACUGCUCAAGUCGUAGUUAUCAACAAAAACGGCACCGGCGGUAUACAAGCCAUCCAAGUGGAAGAUGAGGGUAGGAGAAACUUUGGUAAUAAUUACCAAUCAACUAAACAUGUCAUCAAAAUGUUGGUUGCUGUAGUUGCUGCUUUCUUCAUAUGCUGGGCGCCAUUCCACGCCCAACGUUUGUUAGCAAUUUAUGGAGCUGGUGCAAGAUCAUCGGAAGACGUAGUAACAACUUUCCAAGCUUUAACGUACAUCAGUGGUAUUUUUUAUUACUUAUCAACAACAAUCAAUCCGUUGCUUUACCACAUUAUGUCCAACAAAUUUCGAAUGGCUUUCAAGAGAACGUAUCAACAAAUUUUCCAAAAAAGCGAAAGCGAAAAAAUACCAGGAUGUAAAGGAUAUUCGACGUUAUCUAUUCCUCCUCUUUCGAAUAGCGAUUCUUGUAGUGGGUCUCUCCGUUUUCUUGAAGAUUCGUUGGCGGGGCGUUUAUGCGACCACAAUCUACGCCCAUUAGUUAUUUCGUAUAAAAAACAUCAUAGAAUACCGAAAAAUCAUAGCAUCGAGUUAUUUAAUACAAUCACGAAUGAAUCAUCGAUGGUGGAGAGACGACUAUCGGAAUUUUCUCAAAUUUUAUUAAGAGAACAACAAGAACAAUUACAUAACGAAAAAGUUACGAAUAUCAAAAACUCUUUCUCGAGUCCUACCAUCUUGAGCAAAUUCAUCACCAAAACAACUGCUAAAGAAAAUAACGUUUCAGAAAAUAUCGUUACAAAGGAUGAAAAUUCCGUUAAAUCGAUUUCAAGCUGCCCUAAUGCAAGACAAUCGCCCAAAAACUGUCGUUCCAAUGAAGCUGAAAAUUUAACGCCUACACAUCAUUGUCCGAGUAGUACAAUAACGGCUUUUAUUAAAAAUAGGAAUAAACAGCGUAAAAUGUCGGUGUAAAAAAACUGAGCUUUGUAUUUAUCAUUGAUAUAAUUGUACAUUUUAUUUUUGAUAAAACGUACAAAUAAAUUUGUAUAGCUUGAUUAAAAUAAUAUCCAUAUCUUCAGAAUUGUAUAUCCCUGAGAAGGAUUACAGUUGCCCGCAUAGUAAAGGAUGCUAAUAAAAAUAAAUACAAAGAAAAAUAAUAAUAAAGUUGCAGCGACAAAAAGCGCCAUUGUUUUUAAUGCUUGUCGGUGUGCUCUUUACCAAUUUUUAAGUCUUAAAUGUUCAGAAAUGUCUAAAUUAUUAGUAACAUUACAAAAUAGUAUCAAAGAAUAAUACAUUUUUUAUUAAAUCCUCUAUAUUUUAUAAUAAAAAACUAAAAUGUCAUUUUUGUCUAAUUUAAUAUCAUAUGAAACGUUUAAGUUGGUCCGCCUCUGCUUUUUGUUUACAUUACCAAAGAUGCUUAGUGAUUAAAAUUUAUUGUUUAUAUUAAAAUCCCCCUAAAUUGCUAUAAUUGUACACAUAAAUCUGUAAUACCUACCUCCAAACUUUUAUAUUAACCCUGUAUUUGUCUUGUACAAUAAUAAAAUGAAGUAGUCGUGUUAAGAAUUAAAGACUCAAAUGAUUUAACUAUAAAUAAAAGAAAUUUUUAUUCCUAAAUUCAAAAUAAUAUAUGCACAACAAAAGAUAGAAAUUGUUAUUUUUUUAGGUUCAUUUAAGUGAAGAUAAAACUGAUUUUCUUCUUUCAAGUACCUUACAUUUAGGGAAACAAUACUAAGCUGGCAUCACCGCUCUCUCAAUUUUUUAUGCUUAUCGUAACACUACUAUCCGGGCAACCCAGCAUACGCAUUCCGUUUGAAUUACAUAUAAAAGAAUUGAAAUUUUGUUAGUAUUUUCGAAUACCAAAAUAAAAAACUAAUUGGAUGUUGUUUAUAAAUUAGUUACAGUUACUUAAUUACCGUUUUUCGGCUCAAAUUUUUCAAUGAUUUCACUGUUUGAAUUGUUGCCUACGCAUAAGGAGCAGUUUAGACAUUUGAUUAAUAAGUGUAGUUUGAGACAACUAUCACUCUAUAGAACGAUGAAUUGAACGUAGCUAUAUACAGUGUGAUCCGUUAUCCACACCUCACAGUUGUUUGCUUAAAGAAACUUUUUGUGUACUUGAAAUGUAAAAGACUCCUCAAUAAUUAAUAUAUUUUCGAAAGAUAAUUUUCACGAGAAAUUUUUUAGCAUAAGGAGGAGGUACAUGAAUUAUUAAUUCUCAGCUUUUGGUAUUCUAUAAGUGAGUGAAGUAUAAUAAGCGCUGUUCCUGAAUGCAAUCGAGAGUAGUAACAAAAACACAGGAUGUGGAUUCAUAAUUUUAUUUUUUUCCAUCAUCUCAUGAAUUAUACUACAUGUAGUUGUACGAAAUUGAAUCUCGAACUCUGAAAUUGGAGAGGUUAACCAAAGUCCGGACAGAACGUUCCCAAAUCGCUUUUUCAGUCUUAUUAUUUCUCUUUUCUAUUGACCAAUAUUAUUAUAAGGUACGAGCACAGUGAUUCUGUUUUUUGAAGACUGACAUUUUCUCCGAUGUUUCAUGAAUUUGUUGUGCAUCUUUUGAUGUGUGACAACAUAGUACUUGUGCCUCAAUGCUGUGUAUUAGAUACAGGGGCGGAUCUAUAUACUUAAGGGCCUCUGGUACAACAACCGAAGGCUCCGUCAAAACAAAAGGUCGUUUACCUAUAUUAAAAGAAGUAGACAAUAUUGUUAAAGUAAAUUAAAAGGGAAUGCCGACUGAUAAUAAAAGAAAUAAUCACAAAAUAACAAUUAAGAAAAAUAUUUAAUCAUACAGACAGCUUCAGUCAAAGUGAAAUGUCAAUUUAUUUACGAGAGAUGAAUCUUUUGAAGUUCUAAUUAUAAACAGUGUGAUUAAGAAUAAAACGUUGCAUCGCUUGCUUAUUUUAUAUUGAAUACAUAAAAUACUUACUUAAUUAAUCUUGAUUGUUGAUGUUUUCAAAUUUUAUUAAAUAUGUUUAGGUGUAGUGUUAUAAGCUGUCCAUCGAUAUAUUACGGCAAAGUGUUAUUCAAACUUUUAUAUACGUUAAUGAUAUCAAGAUUUUUAAAAUCCUAAAUUUAAAGAAGUUACCAAAAACCUUUUAACGGAAAUAGACUAAUAUUUCUCGCAAGAACUUCUGUAAGGUAUCACGAUGGACAAGUUCUGGAUGAUAUUAAAGACUUAACAAUUCCAAAGAUAGUCAAUUUGAUUUUUUUUUUAAAUUAUUAUGUCAAAUAACGAUUAUUUGUUGUGGUUUUCCUUUUUGUGAUUAUUGAUAUUGUUGAAUACUUUGUAUUUUUUUAAAUAAAAAUUGUUGAUGGUU